AUGAUUGCACUAUAUAUUCUUCUCGUCGCUGGCCUGAUUAUUUGGCCUAUCGGCUGGGAUUCGGUCACAAUUCGUGAGGUUUGUGGCGGUGCUGUCGGUCCCUACACCAAAGGGAAUUGCGAAUUUGGCUGGGGACCAAUUGCGGCGGGAUUUGGCACGCUGCUGUUGUUUAUCAGUUCCCUCCUGGCCGGUGCAGUUGACAAAUCGUUGAGCACACACGCAGCCACGCGUCAAAUGCUUCUCGACGGGAAAACCUGUGUGUUCUUGCAUUGA